UUAAUCUUGGUUCAAUCACUUGAAAGGCCAAAAGAAAAGAGCAAAAAUGGCUAAGAGCAAAGUUCUUGUUGUGGGGGGCACUGGUCAUGUGGGUAAGAGGAUAGUGAAAGCUUGCUUAGCUCAAGGGCAUACAACGUAUGUUCUCCAAAGGCCAGAGAUCGGUCUGGACAUUGGUAAAUUGCAGAUGUUGUUGUCGUUUAAGGAGCAAGGAGCUCACCUUGUUGAGGGUUCAUUUUCUGAUCAUCAAAGCCUUGUGGAUGCCGUAAAACUAGUUGAUGUUGUCAUCUGCACCAUGUCUGGUGUGCAUUUCAGAAGUCAUAGCAUUUUAAUGCAGCUCAAGCUUGUUGAGGCCAUCAAAGAAGCUGGUAAUAUCAAGCGUUUCUUGCCAUCAGAGUUCGGCAUGGAUCCUGCUAGAAUGGGAGAUGCCCUUGAACCAGGAAGGGUAUCAUUUGAUGAGAAGAUGAUUGUGAGAAAAGCAAUUGAAGGAGCUAAAAUCCCUUUCACUUAUGUCUGUGGUUGCUGCUUUGCUGGUUACUUUGUUGGUAACUUGUCUCAGUUGGGUACUCUAGUUCCACCAAAAGAAAAAGUGAAUAUAUAUGGCAAUGGCAACAUGAAAGUGGCUUAUAUGGACGAAGAUGAUAUAGCUACUUAUACGAUCAAGACCAUAGAUGACCCGCGAGCACUGGACAAGACAGUUUAUCUUCGACCACCAGAAAAUAUCCUCACUCAAAGGCAAUUGAUUGAGAAGUGGGAAAAUCUUACAGGAAGAAAACUAGAAAAAUGCAGCAUUCCUGCAAAAGACUUCCUAGAUUCUAUGAAAGACAUGGACUAUGCUGGCCAAGUUGCCGUUGGCCAUUUCUAUCACGUAUUCUAUGAGGGCUGUUUGACAAACUUUGAAGCAGGAAAAGAUGGUAAAGAAGCUUCUGAGCUAUAUCCGGAAGUUGAAUACACCCGCAUGGAAUCAUACUUGAAACGUUAUGUUUAGAUACAUUGUUCAAUUUUCUUGGGAGAUGAAGUGCAUUACAGUAAAUUUUGUGCUUCAAUAAAGGAUCUGAUGUAUUUCAGUUUAAACUUACUCUUUUUCCUACACUUGAUUUUCA